GCUAUAGUAUCGGAUAUAUAUAUGUCGGGGGCGAUCUCGAUUUCAUUGUGGACCAUAUAUUUGGUAGAUCACGAUGGAACACACCCAUCUCGCGCGUACGCAAUUAUAAAUUGUCGCUGAUACAUAUGGAUAGAUUUUUCCACGCGAUUGACUCGCUUUGCGCGUUGUGAAAACAGUUUAUAUGUAGCUGUCAGCUGUGCGGUCGUUCCAGUGGUUUGACAACGUUUUGACAGGUAGACAACGAUACGACAUUUCAGCUGAAUUUGGAAGUAUCUCUCGCUUUUUUCGAAAGCGACUCGUUGCGUAGCGCGCUCGGCAGUGUAGUAAGCUACAACAAAUAAAACAUUCAAUGGUUAACCAAAUCCCUGUGCCUCAGGCGAAAUAUGAAUUAUUAACUGAUAUACGACAACCGCGCUGGCGAACGCAAGUUCUUUGCCUUAUUUUAACAUUCCUAAUCGUCGGAGUUCUCUUUGUUACACGCGCUUGGUUCGGUAUACUCGUCUUACGAGCUCCGAAAGCGGACAGAUUCGUUGAAGAUCAAAUUGACAAUGCCAAGAUUGCUGCGUGGCUACGUCGGGCUCGGAUGUACGCCGAAUCGACGAAGGAGAAUCAGAAUGCGGACAGGAACACAAGUGUCAACACAUCGGAACAAUACAUCCGCAAUUCAACCGGUCAGAUCAUCGUAUGCUACUAUACAAUAUCGGGGGACCUGAACACGUCGUGGGAGCUCAGUCCGUCGCACAUUGACCCUCAUAUUUGUACGCAUAUUAUCGUGGGUUUUGCGAGCGUGGUGAAUAGCACACUUGAUAUAGGAGACAAUGAGUGGGUGUACAAGCGAGUGGUCGAUUUAAAAAAUCGUGAACCUAAAUUAAAGGUCAUGGUUAGUGCUGGCGGAAAUAAUGAGCUCCAUGAUGGUUUUCCCGAGAUGGUAAAGAAUCAUGCAAAUAGAAAAAGAUUUAUACGAUCAGUAUUAAAUAUAACUAAAACUUUCCAUCUUGAUGGUUUUGAUGUUGACUGGGAGUUUCCAGCGUGGUUAGGAGCAGACGAUCGUGAAAAGAUACACUUUGUGCAAUUGUUGCAAGAAUUACGAAAGGAAUUUGAUCGUAGCGGACAGAAAUUAAUUUUAACAGUAGCAGUCGCGGCACCACAAGCGAUUAUAGAUCAAAGUUACUUUGUUCCCGAGAUCGCGGAACACGUCGACUUCAUAAAUAUGAUGUCGUACGAUUAUCAUUUCUACGUUUGGUACUUUCCGGUGACAGAUUUAAAUGCUCCUCUCUUCCCUCGUUGUACAGAAACAGGCUAUUUGUCCACUUUAAAUGUGAAUUUCUCUGCUCAAUAUUGGAUAGCGAAGGGAAUGCCACGGGAGAAAAUCGUCGUAGGCAUACCAAGUUAUGGUCACUCUUACAAGCUAGAUAAUCCAUUGAACCAUGAUCUACAAGCUCCAGCUAGUGGAUUCGGAAAGCUUGGCAUAAAGGGUUUCGUGUCUUAUCCUACAGUCUGUCAAUUCUUAAAGUCUGGAGCUUGGAAAGUCUUUAACCAAGAAAGUCGUGUUCCAUUUGCGUUUAAAGAUAAGGAAUGGAUAUCUUAUGAUGACAAGCAGAGUAUUUAUUACAAGAGUGCAUGGAUUCACGCUAAUGGCUUCAAAGGAGCUAUGAUCUUAUCUUUAAACGUUGAUGAUUGGAAUGGUACUUGCGUCACGAAUGAAACAUUCCCGUUGACACGUACCAUCUCCAAGACAUUUAAGGAAUUGGACAAACAAUAAGUGUCAAUAGGAUUGUAACUUAUUGAAUAGGUGCAACGUCGUUGGAGGAUUCCCACCUAGUUGCAACCAAGAGCUUAAAGCAUUUUGCAUUGAAAACAAUGCAUUCCAUUGCAUUCCUACUAUAUACUAUUUAAUGAUAUAUUUAUGCUCCACCUGAGUUGCUCAAAGUUUUCCUUGUACAAAUCAGUUGCUAAGGUAUUCAAAGCACAUAGUAUUAUAUGCCGUAGAGCAUAGCACUUGUACCUGGUUACGUCAAAUCAAAAAUAUUUAUAUAUAUAUACGCGCGCGUGUCGAGUUCUAUAUUAUGCGUAAAUAUACGCAUAUCCUGUUUCUUAUGUUAUUGUUUUCAUAUAUUUCGUAUAUAUUAGGAGCGCAAAAAAGUUCUGAGCCCUAGAUUUCAUACUACUGAAACCACAAUUUAAAUUGCAUUAAUUUUCCCGC